GGCAAAUCGGACCCGCCAUUUGAAAUCUGUCUUGGCGAUGCCGCUGAUCUCGUUCGAAGGUGUGGACGUGGAUGUGCCCACGGUGGAAGGCCUCCGUUUCUUCUUUGAAGGUGGCCAGCUCGUCGUGGACUGCACCAACUUUACCGGCAAGUUUGCAUUGUCCAAACCUGUUGCCGUCGAACCACGACCGCAAAUGCCAUCCCCAGUGAUGGCCACAGCGGACGCGUACUCGACGCCAGUGGCACCCAAGUUUGCCGGAGCCAAGAAGCGCGCCGUGUCGUUAGUUGAAACCCCCAUCAUGGUGUACGAAGAUGUCAAGCGCCAAAAGCUCGACCAGAUCAUCAGCCCCGACGACAAACUUCACCAGCCCAGCUUGAGCAAAGCCAUGCAGUUUCUUGAGAGCGAAAAGGAAAACAUCUAUGGAUCGGAAGAUGAGCUCGAACUCCUCCUGACUCAACGAGAAGCCAGCGUCCCCGUCAAGAAGCCCCAACCAGUCGUCGAGACGAAGCGCGCUCCCCUCAAGCAAUUAGAUGUGCCAGACGACGACGUGAACAGUCGAACCAAGAAACAGCCAAAGGCCCAUUCAGCCAAGCGUAUCAAGAAAGCGGCAAAGACCAAACACGCAACCUUGACAACGAGCAACCCACCAACCGCCAAGCUCAACUUUUUCGCUCCAAAAGACCCCGUCGCCGCUGCUUCGACACCGCGCACGCAGGACACCAUGGACGUCGACGUCCCCUCCUCUCCGGACAGCGUCGUCGACGUGUCGCCCAGUUCACCAGUGGCCGCGAAUCGACCAAACAUGCACAUUCCAGGCGGCGAGUGGAAGAUUCUCGAGCCGACAGGAGUCCCGCCAAGUCAACGUUGGGGCUGCACUGCCACGAUGAUAUCCAACCACCGCGUUGUCGUGUAUGGCGGCGAAGGCGAUGACGAGUCGACUCUAGCAGAUUUGUUUGUGUACGACGUCGCCAAGGCCGAGUGGUCUUGUCCGCUCAACUGUGAGAGCAUUCCGCGGUCGUUCCACGCGUCCGUGUACGUGGCAGCCAAGAACCUGAUGCUGGUGUUUGGUGGCGAGCGUGUCGUGGAUGGAAGCCACGAGUGUCUGUCCGAUUUGAUGGUCCUCGACACAGAGUGUUUUCUGUGGUACCCUCCCGCAGUGAGCGGCACGCCGCCGUUGGCCCGCAGUGGCCAUUCCCUCACUGUCCUGGGCACGGACGUCCUUGUGUUUGGAGGAAGCCGCGGCCGCAAUCGUCCGACGACAGUGCACGUUUUGAAUACGAACACGUGGAACUGGACCAACCUCAAAGUGAACGGGAAAGCGCCGACAUCGCGGACAUACCAUAGCGCCGUCGCGGUCGGGAGCAAUCGCGUGAUUAUCUUUGGCGGCAACGAUGCCAAGAAGAGCUACAAUUCUGUGCACGUUCUCGAGCACAACAGCCAAGAUGAUUCGUGGACGUGGUUCAACCCGUGUGUGGUUGGAAAUGGCCCCAACGCUCGUACUGGCCAAGUUGCCAUCGCUUUGGACCAUCGGACGGUCGUCGUGCACGGCGGGUGGGAUCCCCAGAACGCAGACAAGGUACAGCUCUACGGCGACAUCUUUGCGUUGGACACUGAUUCGUGGGAAUGGCGCCGCGUGCACAUGGAGGACGCGGCCGGGAUGGAGCGCGUGGGCCACGUCGGCGUGCUCACGUCCGACAACGCGCUCAUGUACUUUGGCGGGCAAGACGCGACCGAGGCACGGCGCAACGAUCUCGCCCAGCUCACCUUACGUUUAUGACGAAGCCAUCUCCUCUUUGGAUGUUGGGUGGCAACUUAAUAAAUUUUUACUUCAAACAGGAUGGGUGGAGGGACUGGCUCCGUCGAGGAAGCGGUAGCAUCGUGUGCGGUCAUGCUGUCGUGGUGUCAAAGUCCUUGGCGACCGUGUCCAGGAGCAAACUCAAGUCGUCGUCGAGCAAACCUUUGGACGGACUCAGCUGGUCGAGAAACGAGUCGCCAAACUCGUCGUCAUCUAGCAGGUCGAGGUCGUCGACGCUGCUUCCGAUACAGCUUUCAGACAACGUGCUGUCUUCCGAGUAGCUCCGCGACCGAAGUCGGCUGAGCUCCACGGCGUUUGCCAUGUCGGCCAUCUUGAAGUGGCUCAUGGCGCUCUCCGACUUGACUUCGAUGGCGUCGUCACCGACGCUGUCGUCGUGUUGUUGGUUUGUUGCGAUGGACGGACCGCUCUGCUUGGAGAACCAGUUUUUUCGUGCGCUCGAGUUCCACCGAUUCUUGAUUGCGUUUUCAGUCCGGCCGGGCAGGAGCUUGGCGAUCUCACUCCAUCGGUUGCCCAUACGCUGCUGCGCUCGAAACAUGACUUCGUCCUCGACAUUGGUCCAUUCGCCUUUGUUGAUGUCCGGGCUGAGGCAGUUGCGCCAUCGCUCGCGGCACUGUUUGCCGGUGCGGCCUUGAAUGUGGUUGGCCACGUCGGCCCAUCGAAUGUUGCCGACGCCAUACUUGGUCAUGAGGGUCCGAAGCACGUCGUCUUCCUCGGCGCUCCACGCGCCUUUGAGCAAACCAGGCUUGAGCACCUUGUUCCACCGGUGCAAGCACUGCAUGUCUGUCUUGCCCGUGCCGAGCACCAUCGCGACCUGCUUCCAAUUUUUCGUCCCCAAGUUCUUGACUGACUUGCGCAACAACUUAUCUUCCUUCUCGCACCAGCUGCCCGAAUGCACGAACCCGGCUCUGUCGCCUGGUCCCAUCAACGAGGCUGCAAUCGCAGCCGGGUCAAACAGUGGGGAAUACACGCCCGUUGACGCUCCUGACGCAUGCUGGUGCUGCCCGUAGCGCUGCAUCUGCUGCUGAGCUGUCAUGUUGUGGGAAGGUGCUGGAUGAGCAUGGUGCACCAACAUCGGGCGAGGGUACCCUAUCAUGCCGACGGUUGCAUCCAAUCCGAACAUUUCCUGGAUCGGCGUUGGUGUACACAUCGCAGCAUUGAAAUUGUUGUUGACGGUGUCGACCGAGGACACCCCGUGCAGGUCGGGGGGUGGCGUGAGAAAGUCCAAACCAUCGUCACUCAAGUCGUCGAAGUCACACACUUGCGAUGCAUCGUGGGGUCCAGCGCUAUCGCUCGAAGAUGUGGAUCGCGGGCUCGUAGACGG